CCAGCGCGUCGGCCCGUUGCAGCCACCACUUGACGGCCCGGCCCAUUCUCCGCCAAAACGCACCCAAAAUCGUCGGCAGACGACUCCGCCGCCGCCCGCCGGCCUUGAUGCGCUUCUGCUCGAAGCUCGCCGCGCUGCUCCGGAGGUCCCGCCCCUUGGCUGCCACAGCAGCCGCCGCUACCGCCACCGGCACCGCUACCGCUGCUACCGCGGCCGCCGGCGGGAUGGAGGAAGCGGCUGCGGGCCCGCUGCGCACGCACGUGUGCAUCAUCGGGAGCGGGCCGGCCGCGCACACGGCGGCCGUCUACGCCGCGCGCGCUGAGCUGAAGCCCAUGCUCUUCGAGGGCUGGCUCGCCAACGACAUCGCCGCGGGCGGGCAGCUCACCACCACCACCGACGUCGAGAACUUCCCGGGGUUCCCCGAUGGCAUCCUCGGCAUCGAUCUCAUGGACCGCUGCCGCGCUCAGUCCGUGCGGUUCGGAACCAAGAUCUUCACCGAGACGGUCACCUCCGUGGACUUGUCGUCGCGCCCCUUCCGCGUCGCCUCCGACGACACCGUCGUCCACGCGGACACAGUCGUCGUGGCCACCGGUGCCGUCGCCCGCCGGCUCCAUUUCACCGGCUCCGAUGCGUUCUGGAACCGCGGCAUCUCGGCGUGCGCCGUCUGCGACGGUGCCGCGCCCAUCUUCCGUAACAAGCCCAUCGCCGUCGUCGGUGGCGGGGACUCUGCCAUGGAGGAGGCCAACUUCCUCACCAAGUACGGCUCGCGUGUGUACAUCAUCCACCGCCGUGACACCUUCCGCGCGUCCAAGAUCAUGCAGGCCCGGGCUCUUUCCAACCCCAAAAUCCAGGUCGUGUGGGACUCCGAGGUCGUGGAGGCCUACGGCGGCGCGGACAACAGUCCGUUAACCGGUGUCAAGGUCAAGAACCUUGUGACUGGCGAGGUAUCUGAAUUGCAGGUGGCCGGGCUCUUCUUUGCAAUUGGGCACGAGCCAGCAACCAAGUUUCUGGGCGGACAGCUCGAGCUUGACGCCGAGGGUUAUGUGGUAACGAAGCCCGGCUCCACACACACCAGUGUGAACGGAGUCUUCGCAGCUGGGGAUGUUCAGGACAAGAAGUACCGCCAGGCCAUUACUGCCGCAGGAUCAGGUUGCAUGGCUGCUUUGGAUGCGGAGCACUACCUGCAGGAGGUUGGAGCACAGGAAGGGAAGACUGAUUGACUAAAGCAGCUGCCAGUUCUGUCAGAUCUUCAUUGGUGCCAAAAUCUGAACUUUAAGGCACAAUAUUAUGAAUUGUGGUUGCUACACAAAAAGUGUUUCUAGGUCACAAAUAUAUGAAUAUGUUGUUGGAUAUGGGUUCCGACGCACAAGAAAUGGUGCGGACGAUUUCGAUUACCAAUUCAUGAAGGACAACGAAUCAAUUGAAUUGUGAUUACUGUAAGCAGGCGGCUUCAUCUCAAAGAGAGUCAGAAGCUUUGAUGCAUUUCUCCUCUGAUUCAUUAUCAGCAAUACUAAUUAGUAUUGUUGUGUUGCUCAUUUCUAUUUUUCUGGUAGGGAAUUGUAAAAAGAAGGAAUUAUUCAGUGGAAUGGAAAUGGAUACACUAUGUGUGCAAACUA